AUGUCGACAAGUCCUCGCGUCUGGUUCAUCACCGGCUCCUCCACCGGCCUCGGCCUCGAGCUCACCCGCCGCGCCCUCGCUGCCGGGGACACCGUCGUUGCCACCCUCCGCACCCCCGCCGCGCUCUCCUCCCUUUCAGCCGCCUACGGCCCCGACCACCUCCUCGUCCUCCCGCUCGACGUCGCCUCCUCCCCCGCGGCGGUCUCGGCCGCGUUCGACGCCGCGCUCGCGCGCUUCGGCCGGAUCGACGUCGUCGUGAGCAACGCGGGCGUGUCCGUCCUCGGGGAGGUCGAGGGCACGCCGGACGACGUCGCGCGCGCGAUGCUCGAGGUGAACUUCUGGGGCGCGGCGCACGUGCUGCAGAGCGCGGUGCGCGUCCUGCGCGAGCGCAACCCCCCGGGGGCGGGCGGGCGGAUCCUGCAGGUCACGUCUGGGGUCGCGUUGAGCGGGUACCCGGGCUGCGGGUUCUACGCCGCGAGCAAGCACGCAAUCGAAGGCCUGACGGAGUCGCUCGCUGGCGAAAUCGACCCGGAGUGGAACAUCCACAUCACGAUGGUCACCCUCGGUGGUUUCCGCACGAGCGCCGUGUCCACCGGCAUGACCAAGACCCCCGCGCACCCCGCGUACACCAAGCCCACGCUCCCGUCGGCCAUGUCGCGCGCAGCGAUCCUCUCGAGCCUCGCGGGGACGGAGAAGGACCCGGCGUACCCGGUGCGCGGGGACCCCGUCAAGGCCGCGGACGCGCUGUACCGGUUCUCCGCGAGCCCUGCGCCGCCUGUGCGGCUGCUGCUGGGGAACGACGUCAUAGGGCUGGCGAAGCACAGGGCGGCGACGCUGGUGGAGGAGGCGGGGAUUGCGGUGCCGUGGUCGGCGGACGUGGAGGUGGAUGAGUGA